CAGUUGCUUUCCAGCUGCUGAGCAAAUUGCACGCGUUGUUCUGUUACUUAAUCGUCGCUUGCCAUUUGUUCUUUGUGGUUUUCUAUUAUAAUAAAUAACGGCUAAUAAUAAUACAGCAUGUUGCGUGUCUUAAGAGCCAGCAAAUUGUUGCGUGCAGAAUAUAAGAAUAUUGCCGCUGCUGCAGCAUAUUCGUCGGCGGCGCUGCCACAACCACAAACAAGUCCAGACGUGCUCUAUACAGGCCUGUUCAUUAACAAUGAGUGGCACAAGAGCAAGUCGGGUAACACCUUUACAACCAUCAAUCCAACUACCGAGCAGACAAUUGCCGAGAUCCAAGCCGCCGGCAAGGAGGACAUUGAUAUUGCCGUCAAUGCGGCACGUCAGGCCUUCAAAUGGGGCUCCCCUUGGCGCCGCAUGGAUGCUUCUGACCGUGGUCGCCUAAUCUAUCGUCUCGCCGAUCUCAUGGAGCGUGAUCAGGUUUACUUGUCGAGCUUGGAGACUCUGGAUAAUGGCAAGCCGUAUACCAUGUCCUAUAGUGUGGAUUUGCCGGUGGCCAUUAAGAAUCUGCGAUACUUUGCCGGCUGGGCGGACAAGAAUCACGGCAAAACUAUUCCUAUGGAUGGUGACUUCUUUACGUACACACGCCACGAGCCGGUCGGCGUGUGCGGCCAGAUAAUACCCUGGAAUUUCCCAAUUUUAAUGAUGGCCUGGAAACUGGGCCCAGCUUUGGCCACUGGCAAUACAAUUGUCCUCAAGCCCGCCGAGCAGACCAGCUUGACGGCUUUAUAUAUAGCACAACUGGUCAAGGAAGCUGGCUUCCCCGAGGGUGUUGUCAAUGUGGUGCCCGGUUUUGGAGAUGCUGGCGCCGCUCUGGCCAAUCACACGGACGUCGAUAAGGUGGCCUUCACGGGCUCCACAGAUGUUGGCAAACUGAUUCAGCUGGCCUCGGGCAAUACGAAUCUGAAGCGUGUAACUCUCGAGCUGGGCGGCAAAUCGCCCAACAUUAUAUUAUCCGAUUCAGAUCUGGACUAUGCCGUGGAAACGGCUCACUUUGGACUCUUCUUCAACAUGGGCCAGUGCUGUUGUGCCGGCUCGCGCACCUUUGUCGAGGACAAGAUCUACGAUGAGUUUGUGGAGCGGAGUGCGGAGCGUGCCAAGAAACGCACCAUCGGCAAUCCCUUCGAUCUGAACACCGAACAGGGACCCCAGGUGAAUCAGGAGCAAAUGGAUAAGAUUUUGGGUCUCAUUCAGACGGGUAAGCAACAGGGUGCCAAACUAGUUGCCGGCGGUAGUCGAGCAGAUGGUCUGCCCGGCUAUUUCGUUCAGCCGACGGUCUUUGCCAAUGUUCAGGACAACAUGACAAUUGCACGCGAGGAGAUCUUUGGACCCGUGCAGCAGUUGAUACGCUUCAAGAAACUCGACGAGGUCAUCGAACGUGCCAACAACUCAGAUUACGGCCUGGCCGCCGCUGUUUUCACCAAGGAUCUGGACAAAGCCAACUAUAUUGUGAAUGGCCUGCGUGCCGGCACCGUUUGGGUCAACACCUACAAUGCCCUCGCUGCUCAGGCUCCGUUCGGCGGCUACAAGAUGUCCGGCCAGGGACGCGAGAAUGGUGAAUACGCACUCUCCAACUACACGGAGGUCAAGAGCGUUAUUGUCAAGGUGCCGCAGAAGAACUCUUAAUCCCGAAACUAGUUCCAAUGUCCUGCAUUCGAAGUUGCUCCUAUUUGUGCAGGCGUCAUGACAAAUUGGAACUUCAUUUCUGGCCAGCAUCACUCGUCAGUGGAAUUGCUGUGUAUUUUCCAUUUGAUUUAUAUUAAGUAAUAAAAUAAUCAAUCUGAAAUAUA